AUGUCUCUCAUUUGUAUUUGAAAUUCACGAAUAUCAGAUUUCCUUCAGAAUUAAUUCGGAUUACCCACAAGAAUUGUAUUAAAUUUGUUUAAAUCCUCAACUUAAAUUCACUAUUUAGAAAGGAGUAGUUUCUUUAACAAUUGAAAUACAAAAUAUUAUUACUGAAAUUCAUUUAUUUAUAAAUAAUUACGAUCUAAUUUAGUAAGAAACUAUAUAAAAUUAGGGAGUUCGCCAAUAAUAAGGGAAGCUCAAGAAAUUUUAUCCAUUAUAUGUGAUAACUGGUUCUCAGUAAUUAUUAGAAUAAUUUGCUAUGCACUUUAAAAGAUAAACUGAAAAUGUAUAUGUAUUUAUAAGAGAACUUUGGGGAUCGCGUAAGAAUUCAUUUUAAACAUAUAUUUGA